AACGGUGGCAGAUGAAAUAAAAAAAUAAAUGCAAAUGGGUUUUCCACUGUGAACCUGUUUCAGUCAAAAAACCAUCUUCAAGUUUUCACACAGUGUCCUUGUCGGGUGGAAAAUCUCUCCCACUCUCUGUUUUUUUUCUCUCUCUAGGGGCUACUGCUCAUCUAACCAUGUGUCACUUUCCAUGUUUUUUUACAGACGAAGCAAAGUGAAGAAAACCUACCCACCAAACCUUAAAACCCCGCACAUGCGGUUGUGUUCUUUUCUUGCAGAUAAUGUUCAAGAAUCACUGCACCAAUACCACCAACAAGAGCAGAGAAAAAUAGGGGAACGGAAAAACAAAAAAACAAAAAAAGGGGAAAAGGAAAGAAACUAUUGGCAAAGACUAAAGAGGUAAAAAUAGAAAAAAAAGGAGGAAAAGCUAGGAGGAGGAACAUGAAAAGCCAGUUAGAGUGAGAUAGAGAAAAGAGAGAGGGAAAGAAAUAGAGAGAAGGUGGGUUUUUUGGGAGGGAGUGGGUUUGUUUCAUAAAGCUAUCAAGGGAAUUUUGCAAAUGUCACAAGAUUCUCAGGAGAUAAAGACGAUUGAGCAGUGGAGAUGGUCCGAAAUGCAAGGCCUUGAGCUCGUGCCCCCUGCUCCUUCUGACCCUUUUAAAACCAACCCAACAACACCAACGAAAACUCCAUCAGAAACAGAGCCGCGAGUAACAGAACAAGCAGCAGCAGGAGCAGCAGCAGCUCAAGAGACAAAAGGAAUGGAGAGCUCGGAGCCAAAGAAGGAUUCUGGUGGUGGUGGUGGGGCUAGUAGUAGUGGAGAGAAGCCUGAGGCAAUUCCUGCUGUCGGGUUUGGAGACCUCUUCAGGUUCGCCGAUGGGUUGGAUUAUGUUCUGAUGGCAAUUGGGUCUGUCGGAGCAAUUGUCCAUGGCUGCUCUCUGCCAAUCUUUCUCCGGUUCUUCGCCGAUCUCGUCAAUUCUUUCGGGUCCAAUGCCAACAAUAUGGACAAGAUGAUGCAGGAAGUUCUUAAGUAUGCAUUUUACUUUCUUGUGGUGGGUGCUGCAAUAUGGGCAUCUUCUUGGGCAGAGAUAUCGUGUUGGAUGUGGACCGGGGAGCGGCAAUCGACGAAGAUGAGGAUCAAGUACUUAGAGGCGGCUUUGAACCAGGACAUUCAGUUCUUUGACACUGAGGUUCGGACCUCCGACGUCGUUUUCGCCAUUAAUUCCGAUGCAGUGAUGGUCCAAGACGCCAUUAGCGAGAAGUUGGGUAAUUUCAUCCACUAUAUGGCAACAUUUGUUUCUGGAUUUGUGGUCGGUUUCACUGCUGUGUGGCAGUUGGGUCUUGUCACUCUUGCUGUGGUUCCUCUCAUAGCUGUAAUCGGUGCUAUCCACACCACCACAUUAGCCAAGCUCUCUGGCAAGAGCCAGGAAGCUCUCUCACAAGCAGGGAACAUUGUAGAACAGACAAUACUUCAAAUUCGGGUUGUUUUUUCAUUCGUUGGGGAAUCCAGAGCAUUACAAGGCUACUCGUCCGCACUAAAGAUCGCGCAGAAGCUCGGUUACAAGAGUGGAUUUGCAAAGGGAUUGGGACUGGGUGCAACUUACUUUGUUGUUUUCUGCUGCUAUGCCCUUCUGCUUUGGUAUGGCGGUUAUCUCGUUAGGCACAACUACACCAAUGGAGGACUUGCCAUUGCCACCAUGUUUGCAGUUAUGAUUGGUGGACUGGCUUUGGGGCAGUCUGCGCCAAGCAUGGGUGCAUUUGCGAAGGCCAAAGUUGCAGCUGCAAAAAUCUUUCGUAUAAUUGAUCACAAACCGGGUAUAGACCGAAACAACGAAUCCGGUUUGGAGCAAGAGUCGGUUACCGGACUGGUGGAGCUGAAAAAUGUAGAUUUCUCCUACCCAUCCAGGCCUGAGGUUCGGAUCCUUAAUAAUUUCUCCCUGAACGUCCCCGCCGGCAAGACCAUAGCUUUGGUUGGCAGCAGUGGCUCUGGUAAGAGCACUGUGGUGUCCCUUAUUGAGAGAUUCUAUGAUCCCACCUCAGGUCAAGUUCUGCUGGAUGGGCAUGACAUAAAGAGUCUAAAACUGAGAUGGUUGAGGCAGCAAAUAGGGCUAGUGAGCCAAGAGCCUGCUCUGUUUGCUACCACCAUUAAGGAAAACAUACUGUUGGGUAGGCCUGAUGCAGACCAAGUUGAGAUAGAAGAGGCUGCAAGAGUUGCCAAUGCGCAUUCAUUCAUAAUCAAGCUUCCCGAAGGCUUCGAGACUCAGGUUGGGGAGAGAGGAUUGCAGCUCUCAGGAGGCCAGAAACAGAGAAUUGCUAUAGCUAGGGCAAUGCUGAAAAACCCAGCUAUCCUGCUCUUAGAUGAGGCAACAAGUGCAUUGGACUCGGAGUCAGAAAAGCUGGUGCAAGAGGCCCUUGAUCGGUUCAUGAUUGGGCGAACAACCCUUGUCAUUGCUCAUCGGCUCUCCACCAUUCGCAAGGCUGACCUUGUAGCUGUACUCCAGCAGGGUAGUGUCUCUGAAAUUGGAACUCAUGAUGAGCUUAUUGCAAAAGGAGAAAAUGGUGUCUAUGCCAAGCUAAUUCGAAUGCAGGAGAUGGCCCAUGAAACUGCUCUCAACAAUGCCAGGAAGAGUAGUGCAAGACCUUCUAGUGCCAGGAACUCAGUAAGCUCACCAAUAAUUGCCCGAAAUUCUUCCUAUGGCCGGUCACCAUACUCACGUCGACUUUCUGACUUCUCUACAUCUGACUUUAGUCUCUCCCUAGAUGCCUCACACCCCAGCUACCGGAUGGAAAAGCUUGCCUUCAAGGAGCAAGCCAGUUCCUUCUGGCGCCUUGCCAAAAUGAAUUCUCCUGAAUGGGUGUAUGCUUUAGUUGGUUCUAUAGGUUCUGUUGUUUGUGGUUCACUUAGUGCCUUCUUCGCAUAUGUUCUAAGCGCUGUCCUCAGUGUGUACUACAAUCCAAAUCAUGCUUACAUGACCAAAGAAAUUGACAAGUACUGCUAUUUGUUAAUUGGGCUUUCAUCAGCUGCCCUCCUCUUCAACACACUGCAGCAUUUCUUCUGGGAUAUAGUGGGAGAAAAUCUCACCAAACGAGUAAGGGAGAAAAUGCUGGCUGCAGUGCUCAAAAAUGAAAUGGCAUGGUUUGAUCAGGAGGAAAACGAGAGUGCCAGGAUUGCAGCAAGGCUGGCUCUUGAUGCAAAUAAUGUCAGAUCAGCAAUUGGAGACCGGAUUUCAGUGAUUGUGCAGAACACAGCACUCAUGCUAGUUGCCUGCACUGCAGGGUUUGUUUUGCAGUGGCGCCUUGCCCUUGUCCUAAUAGCCGUCUUCCCCGUUGUUGUUGCAGCCACAGUAUUGCAGAAAAUGUUCAUGACUGGUUUCUCUGGAGACCUAGAAGCUGCCCAUGCCAAGGCAACACAGCUAGCAGGAGAGGCCAUAGCCAAUGUAAGGACCGUUUCUGCCUUCAAUUCAGAGGAAAAAAUUGUUAAACUUUUCGCCUCCAACCUCCAGACUCCACUACGACGUUGCUUUUGGAAGGGACAGAUUUCUGGAAGUGGAUUUGGGAUAGCUCAGUUUGCGCUAUAUGCCUCCUAUGCCAUUGGUCUCUGGUAUGCUUCUUGGCUUGUCAAGCAUGGGAUAUCUGAUUUCUCAAAGACAAUCCGAGUUUUCAUGGUCCUCAUGGUCUCCGCCAACGGUGCAGCAGAAACACUAACCUUGGCUCCCGACUUCAUUAAGGGUGGUCGAGCCAUGCGGUCAGUCUUUGAUCUCCUUGACCGCAGAACAGAAAUUGAGUCCGAUGAUCAAGAUUCUACCCCAGUUCCAGACCGCCUUCGUGGAGAAGUUGAAUUCAAGCAUGUAGACUUUUCUUAUCCCACUCGCCCUGAUGUGCCAAUUUUCCGUGACCUCACUCUCCGUGCCCGAGCAGGCAAAACUCUUGCACUAGUGGGUCCUAGUGGAUGUGGCAAGAGCUCAGUCAUUUCGCUUAUACAGCGAUUCUAUGAUCCAACAUCCGGACGGGUUAUGAUCGAUGGGAAGGACAUACGAAAAUACAAUUUAAAGGCCUUGAGACGACACAUUGCAAUGGUCCCUCAGGAGCCAUGCCUCUUUGCUACUACCAUCUAUGAAAACAUUGCUUAUGGGCAUGAGUCGGCAACCGAGGCCGAGAUCAUUGAAGCUGCGAGUCUGGCCAAUGCACACAAGUUCAUAUCUUCAUUACCGGAAGGAUACAAAACAUUUGUUGGGGAAAGAGGGGUUCAACUUUCUGGUGGACAAAAACAGAGAAUUGCAAUUGCUCGGGCUUUCAUAAGGAAGGCAGAGCUUAUGCUUCUUGAUGAAGCUACUAGUGCACUUGAUGCCGAGUCAGAGAGAUCCGUCCAGGAAGCUCUCGAGCGUGCUUGCUCAGGAAAAACAACAAUUGUUGUUGCACACCGGCUGUCUACUAUUAGAAAUGCUCAUGUCAUUGCAGUGAUUGAUGAUGGGAAAGUGGCAGAGCAAGGAUCCCACUCCCACCUAUUGAAAAAUUGCCCUGAUGGGUGCUAUGCACGCAUGAUACAGUUGCAAAGAUUCACACACAGCCAGGUUAUUGGAAUGGCGUCAGGUUCAGCAAGACCCAGAGAAGAUGAGGAGAGGGAAGGCUAGUAGAAGUGAAAGAACUUUAAAAAAAAAAAUACCAGUAAAAGAGGAGUAUAUUCCAUAUACCCCUUAAUGAUUUUUUGGGCUUUUGUUUUGCUUUAUGUUUUGGUAUAGUAUAGUAUGUGUAUUAUCUUUUUUCUUUUUCUUUUUGGUUACUAUAUAUGUUCUUGU